AUGAAACAGAUUGUGCAAUCUUUUUCUACAGGUUGCUCAAUUUCUUUAUAACAUUAAAUUGUUAAUUUAUUCAGAUUAUCUUAUCUUACAGGAGGUCUUUGUGAUACUUCAGACCAUAUAUCUGAGCAAUAAGUAUAAAUAGCAAUAAAAGGCCAGAAAAGGCAUAGUAAAAGAGGAAUAGAUAAAUAAAUAUAACCAAAUAUUAAGUAAACCACUGUUAAAUAGUAAUAUAUUUCAUCUCUAUCGGGGCUGCAAAUUGCAUCAGCACAAAAAAUUACAUUGCCAUAAAUAAAUAAAAUCAUGUAAAAGAGCCUACAAAAUUCUCCGUAUCUAAGGUUAUUUAUAAAUUUCUUUUCAGCAUUUUCCUAUAAUUUUAACCCAUUUAUUGGUCUGCAGGACAGAAGGAACUGCUAAAAUAUAAAUGACUGUAAAUUUGUAUCAGAAAUCUCUUCUUAAUCAGGAUCUCCAUAGAGUAAAUCUUCUUCUGAGCAGCGUGCGACAGCAAUAGUAGCACCUACCAAAUGGAGUAAAUAAGUUAUGUCAUAAAUUAGCAUUAGAUAAACCCAAAGCAAAAGUGGUGAGAAUGAAGUAUCAUUUGUUUAAAAGCAAAUAGUAGUAGCAGUAAUCUUAGAUAUACAAAUAAAACCUAAAAUCAAAUUAAUUAUAUAAGCUUCUUUCUUUGCCUUUUAAAUCAUGAGAUCCAAUCUAGUGUACGCACUCUGUUGGAUAGCAACUUCGCCUAAUUCAUUUAACUGCAAAUCACCACUUUAUUAGUUUUAAAUUAGAGAUCUGUUAUCUAUCAUCAGAUAUAAGUAAUUUGAAUAAAUUUAUAUCUUCAACAAAUUAAUAAAUAAAUGCCUAGCUUAGCUUGUUAGAACUAAAUAUUGA